CAACCAACCAACCUUUACUGUCUGCUUUGUUCUGACAGAUUUCCUUCUCCUCCCCACCCCCUCUUUCUCUCUUUUCGUCUUUAUUAAAACUAAAACUAUGAGCAGCUUUGGCAAACUCUUCCGUGUUACAACCUAUGGCGAAUCCCACUGCAAGGGUGUCGGCGCCAUUGUCGAUGGUGUCCCACCUGGAAUGCAAUUGACUGAAGACGAUAUCCAGCCUCAGCUGUCACGCAGAAGACCCGGUCAAAGCAAGUUGACAACACCUCGCAAUGAGAAAGACAAGGUGACAAUCAUGUCUGGUACAGAGUUUGGAAUUACCCUCGGUACACCCAUCGGUCUUCAAGUACCCAACUUGGAUCAACGUCCACACGAUUACAGCGAAACCGACAUUUACCCUCGACCUUCGCACGCCGAUUAUACAUAUCUCGAAAAAUACAGUGUCAAGGCUUCGUCUGGUGGCGGUCGUGCUUCUGCUCGUGAAACAAUUGGCCGUGUAGCUGCAGGUGCUAUCGCCGAAAAGUACCUCAAGCAGGCUUAUAAUGUCGAGAUCGUUGCUUUCGUUUCUAGCGUUGGCAAGGUGGCUAUGCCUUUUAUCCAUGAAUUGGAAGAUACCGAGUCCGUCAAACCCGAGUUUUACGACUUCUUAAAUACCAUCUCGCGCGAAAACGUUGAUGCUGACAUUACUCGCUGUCCCGACGCCACUACUGCUGAAGCCAUGAAGGAGGUGAUCACAAAGAAGUCAGAGGAAAAGGACUCAAUCGGUGGUACUGUCACUUGUGUGAUCCGUAACUGCCCUAUUGGUCUUGGUGAGCCUUGUUUUGACAAGUUGGAGGCUCUUUUGGCACAUGCCAUGUUAUCUAUCCCUGCCACCAAAGGUUUUGAGUUUGGCUCCGGUUUCAACGGCACGCGUAUGUCUGGCCAUGUCCAUAACGAUCCCUUCAUCCAUCUGGAAAGCGGCCGUUUCGGUACCAAAACAAACUACUCUGGUGGUGUUCAGGGCGGUAUCUCUAACGGUGAAAACAUUUACUUCCGUGUCGCAUUCAAGCCCCCAGCUACGAUUUCCCGGGACCAGCAGACUACUUCGUAUGACGGUGUCUUUGGUACCUUGGCAGCCCGUGGUCGCCACGAUCCAUGCGUUGUUUCUAGAGCCGUACCUAUUGUUGAAGCCAUGGCCUCGCUUGUCAUCAUGGACGCUGCCCUUCAACAAGAUUCUCGCAAGGCCGCAUUGUCGCGCCUGCCAUCUGUUGAUAUCCACCAUUCGCUUCUCGGCAAGGCACCAGCUACUCAGUAAACUAUUACUUAGUGAGUGUGGGAUGAUUCGUGUAUAUUAGACAUCUUACAAUCUUAUUAUUAUUUGAGCAUCAUUGUUUAAAAAGUUAAAAGCAUUCUUCUUCAAAAAAAAAACAAUAGAACAUCGUAUUUGAUAUUCCUGUACAGUUUAGCAUAAAAAAAGUUUGCUAUUAGUGGGACUAUUAGUAAUGAGAGCAAAGUGUAUAGAUUUGGCGUUGCCACCCUCAUUGUAUGCACAACUCAAAAGUCAGAAUGAAAAUGGGAAUGAGGGGGUGGAUAGAGCAUACCUUAACAAAAUUAAAGUGCUGUAAUUUGACUAUUUUGGUAAAUAAAAGGGUC